UGCUCAAUACUAUGUAGUCAGAGGGUGGGGAAGGUGCUCAUUGCUGGGGAUGUGAUGUAAGCAUGCAGCAGCCUUGUGAGAACCAGGGAAAAUGACCUGAUUACUCAGAAAUAAAAUAUUCUUUAACAUUUAUGGUGUAUCUGACAGAGCCCUGUAAAGGCUGGUCUUUAGCUUGGUCUCCCCAGGUGUGCAGUGACCUCCUGGGAGGAGGGGUGCGCUGCUCUGCAGCAGAAAAUACUGAGGUAACUCAGUGCAUUAGUUCUUACACUUGUUCCUUUAAUUUUCCAGGGGCUGAAAAAUGAAACAGGAGUUUUAAACUUUGAGGACUCAUAAUGGAAGUCUCAGAAGGACAUAACUUCAACUCAGUGGAAGAGGAAACCAGAUACUGGAAAGAGUUGGCUAUGAAAUACAAGCAGUGUGCUGAGAAUACACAGGAGGAAUUGCGUGAAUUCCAAGAAGGGAGUCGAGAGUAUGAAGCUGAACUGGAGACCCAGCUGCAGCAAACAGAAUCCAGAAAUAGAGACCUUCUGUCAGAAAACAAUCGUCUGCGAAUGGAACUGGAGUCAGUUAAGGAAAAGAUUGAAAUUCAGCAUUCAGAAGGAUACAGGCAAAUCUCUGCACUGCAAGAUGACUUGGCACAGACAAAAGCUAUUAAAGAUCAACUUCAGAAAUACAUUCGAGAACUUGAGCAAGCAAAUGAUGACUUGGAAAGAGCAAAAAGAGCCACUAUAAUGUCUCUAGAGGAUUUUGAACAGCGUUUAAACCAGGCUAUUGAAAGAAACGCUUUUCUGGAGAGUGAGCUGGAUGAGAAGGAAAACCUCCUAGAGUCCGUCCAGCGCCUGAAAGAUGAAGCUAGAGAUCUACGUCAAGAGCUUGCAGUGCAGCAGAAACAGGAGAAACCCAAAACACCGAUGCAAACUACCCUGGAAACAGAAAGAACAGACACUGCAGUUCAAGCGUCCUUAUCUGUGCCUUCAACUCCUUCAGUGCACCGGGCACCCAGCAUCAACAUACCCACCCCUAUGACAUAUAGGAGAGGUCUUGAGGACAGUUUUGGUGCAACCCCUCUCACACCUGCUGCAAGAAUAUCUGCACUUAACAUUGUGGGGGACUUGCUACGAAAAGUGGGGGUGAGUGUUUGCCUGCUAACCAGUGCUCUUGGAAAGGAAGAGCUGUCUGAAACUGUAGCCAGUACUAUCUGUGCUGCUGCUCAGGGGAGACUGGAAAGAGUAUCUUGUCCCAAGGCUUUGGAGUCCAAACUUGCAUCUUGCCGAAACUUUGUGUAUGACCAGUCUCCAAACAGAACCACAGUGUCCAUGUACAUGAACAGAGAUGUCCUUGAAACACGCUUGAGUCCUCAUCAGCCUCAGUGUGAUACAGGGUUAGUGAAACGCCUGGAGUUUGGAACACGGCCUCUGAAUAUGCCAGGAACAAUGAGCCAUCCUUCACCAAGUGUUGUCAAGAUGCUUCUGUGAAAAGGCUGUCUGACUGUGGAAAAGGAUUAAAAAUAAUACAUAUUUUAAACUUUACUUUUAAAAGAGAAUAUCAAUGAGCAACUGUGCAGCAGUUUUGGUGUAGAGGAGAACUGAAGAAGAAGCUGCAAUUGGCAGUGGCUUCCUGUGGCCUUGCCCAGUCUGACCUUGGCUGAGCUCUGUGGGUGUUGUGAUAAAGCAAUGAUACUUAGCAGUGCAGGACUUAGAAUUGCUUCCUACAUAAGUCGCUGUAAAUAGCUCCAUGAAAACUUCUUCUUUUGACGCUACCAGUCAAAGCCAUUGUCACUCUACCUAAAACAGGGACAGUAUUCCCU